AUGAAAUUCCUCAUCCUCUGCGCUCUCGUCGCCGUUGCCUCGGCCUCCUACUACCCAGACCAUCAUUACGAUGGCUACCACGGCCAUGGCCACGACCAGGGCCACUUCUCCGGCAAGGCCCACAUCAAGGGCGACAUUUACUUCGAUGGCUGCUACGAGGAGACCUGCCACAAGGGUGACUACUACGGA